GCCGGACUUCUGCCCUCAGUCUCCGAAGCCGGGACGCUGUUGGUGGCCUGGUAGCCACUUAUGGCUCGAUGUGCUCGCGCAGCGGAUCCGGAGGUCGCUGUGCACCGGCUUGUUCCCAGGCGCUUCCUACGAGGAUACCUCUGGAGAGCUACCAUGGAAAAGUCCUGGAUGCUGUGGAACUUUGUUGAAAGAUGGCUGGUAGCCUUGGCUUCCUGGUCUUGGGCUCUCUGCCGCAUUUCUCUUUUACCUUUGAUAGUGACUUUCCAUCUAUAUGGAGGCAUCAUCUUACUCCUGUUAAUAUUCAUAUCCAUAGCAGGCAUACUUUACAAAUUCCAAGAUGUCUUGCUGUACUUUCCAGAACAGCCAUCCUCUUCCCGCCUUUAUGUCCCCAUGCCCACUGGCAUUCCACAUGAAAACAUCUUCAUCAGAACCAAAGAUGGAGUGCGUCUGAAUCUCAUAUUGGUGCGAUACACAGGAGACAACUCACCCUAUUCCCCAACUGUGAUUUAUUUUCAUGGGAAUGCAGGCAACAUAGGUCACAGGCUCCCAAACGCCUUGCUCAUGCUGGUUAACCUCAAGGUUCACCUUCUGCUUGUUGACUACCGAGGCUACGGGAAGAGCGAAGGGGAAGCAAGUGAAGAAGGGCUCUACUUGGACUCUGAAGCCGUGCUGGACUACGUGAUGACCAGACCUGACCUUGAUAAAACCAAGGUUUUCCUAUUCGGCCGCUCCUUGGGAGGAGCGGUGGCUAUUCAUUUGGCUUCUGAAAACUCUCAUAGGAUUUCAGCCAUUAUGGUGGAGAACACGUUCUUAAGCAUACCACAUAUGGCCAGCACUUUAUUUUCAUUCUUCCCCAUGCGGUACCUUCCUCUGUGGUGCUACAAAAACAAGUUCUUGUCCUACAGGAAAGUCUCUCAAUGCAGAAUGCCUUCUCUUUUCAUCUCCGGACUCUCUGACCAGUUAAUCCCACCAGUAAUGAUGAAGCAACUUUAUGAGCUUUCCCCGUCUCGGACUAAGAGGCUGGCCAUUUUUCCAGAUGGAACGCAUAAUGACACAUGGCAGUGCCAAGGCUACUUCACGGCUCUGGAGCAGUUCAUCAAGGAAGUGAUCAAGAGUCAUUCUCCUGAAGAAAUGACAAAAACUUCAUCCAAUGUGACCAUCAUAUGAUUCUUGCCAUUUGAGUCGUGCCGAGGCGUCUGAUCUGGAGCACUGCUGUCUGGAAGUGCUUUGGGUCCGUGUGUACUGAAGAGUGAGAUCCUGGCCUCAGUGCUCCCUGGUGAUGGUCCCAAUCGUUUGUACAUUUGAAGAACUGUAAUUCUUGAGAUUAUUUCAUAUGUUUUCAUCAGAACUCUGCCUGGUUAUGAACCCAUAGCUUUAGUUAAAGCAUUAUAAUAGAGAUUCUUUAGAAGUUUCUUAUGCUUAAGAGGUACAAUGUAUGUUACACUUGGGAGGAGAUAUGUGAACAAGAAACCUUUGAUGUCACUCCUUUAGUAAAUAAUGGGACAAUCAUGGUCAGCCUAGUUCUACAACUGCAUUUUUCACCUUAAAAGUUACAAUGAACUGCAUGAUGGUAUUUUCUUCUUUGACUUAUGCAAUGCAGUGUUUUAAUGUAAAUAGCACUUCACAUACCUAUAUGUAGAUGCUUACCUGGGUUAUAUCUAUUUUUAUGUAAACUCUAUUUUGUUUUUGGCAAGAAGUGAACGUAAGGCCUGUGUGCAGGGUGCCGUUGACUUGCCCCGUGAGUGCUGAGCUCCAGCCUCGUCUUUUAAACAGGACUGUUGCUGAUGUUAACGUGCUGCGUUUUGUUAGGUGCAGCCUGGAUCGUGGCUCCUAGAAACAGCUUUUUGUGAAUUUUAAAUUUUUUAACAUUUGUAAUUUUGGUGGCAAGGAGAAUUGUAGCCUUUGUCAGUUUUGUAAGUCCGUAGCUGAACCACUAGCAGCCAUUGCAGUGGAAGCUAGAACUCACUGAAGAGUCACUAGGAAGUCUUAGUACAUGGUUGUACAUACUAUUUAUGAAACUCCCACACUUGACCUAAGUUCCAGUGCCUAGGACUUUCCUAAUCAAAUAAAUGAAGGACUGUUUAGUGAACUUUUUGAAAGUAAGUGUUAUCAAACACAGGAAAAAAAAUUCAAGGAAAGAAGAAACCUUUUACUUUUUGGCUUAAUACUACAGUGGCUAGGAAAUAGAACUAUAUCAAAAGGCAGCCAAGAAAUAUUAUUUGUAACUUUUUUCAUGUGGGAACGAAGAAGUUCUGUAGCUUUUUUUGUCGCAGAACCUAUUAGACAUUUAACAGUAAAAAUGCUGUAGGUGGGAAAUAGUAAUUAGUUGUAUUAAAAAGUCAGAAAAGAAAUCUUACUUAAAGCAAGAAGCCCUUUGAAACCUACAAAAUUUUCCUUAGAAACAUGAGCUGUGAGGUGGCAUCGUGUCAAGUUGUUCCUGGGUGUCUCGGGAGUCCGCUGGCACUGUCAGCUCGUGACAGCACUUUUGCAAGCUUUGGUGGCCUUCACUGGCCUUCUGCACACAGCCAGAGAUGACAGGCCCUUCAUCCUGACCUUAGGUUAAUGCUUUUCCCGUGGACACAGCGCUAGUACUUUUGUUUUGUGAGGUAGCAUUCUUAGCCUUCACUUUAUGCCAGUGUUUAGAGAGAGAGAGAAAAAAAGAAAAAAUUAUAUAUAUAUAUAUAUAUACACACACACACACAUAUAUAAGUAUGAUUUUUAAAGAAUAAUGCUUUUCUAUAAAUUAUCAAUUGUAAAAAGUCUUGUUUUUUAGAAAGAGUUGCUAUCUCAUAUCAUGGAGGUUGUAUUUUGUAUAAAUUCACCACAAUUAAAGGCUACCUUCUAUCUGUCAUUAUGUAGAAUGAUUGUCUUAUAUAGUCAUGCAUGACAAAGGAAAGAAACGUAACAGAGAUGGAGUAUGUUUGUUUAGAAAUGAGUCUUCAUGACACACCAAUCUUGUGUUUUUUUCUUUUUGUUUCUUCCUUUUGAGUUUACAAAAUGCUGUUUGACCCUGUCUUCAUGUGGUCUUGGUCAACCACCUGGAGAGAUUUGUCCAUGCGGACUGUGUGUGUGACAUUCGCUUCACAGCACUUGCUGGGCCACCUUUCUUCCUUGCUGGUGUUGGUACCAGUCCUCGAUUGUUGCUAAGGCGGGCCUUCAGUAGUUGCUCCGCACCUGUAUGUCAGCCCUGACCAUUUUUCUCCCCCAAGAAGCCUUUGUUUGUUUGACAAAGGGCAGAGGCUGCAUCCAGGGAUGUAGGGCGUCGUUCUGCACCAGCUUCUGUGUUGGGGCCUUUCUUUAGAUUAGCAGGAACUCCCAUGCACAGUGGCCCUGGCUCUGUUGGAAACGUGUAAUCUUUGCACCAUGCACGUGGUACUGGUAAGUGUCCUGUGUGAGGCAAACCUUCGUCUUUGGCCCCAUGCAUGGUGAGAAUGGCAGUGCAUCCAUCUUGAAUGUCAGCUUCCAGCCCAUUGUGCACAUUCAGCUACAGAGAUGUUAUUUGAUCUUUAGUUAUUAAGCCACUGUAAAUUUGAAAAUACUAAACUCUUGAAUAUGGCAAGAUAAAGGCAUGUAGAAAAAAAUAAUCUAAAAACCCAUUAUCUUAAGAAUCACUAGAAGGCAAAACAUUUUUUCAAAGGAUCCUACAAAGAAUACUGCAAGCUAAGGGAAGAAUGAUGUGUGACACAAAACAGCACUAAUAGGGCGGAGAAGACUGGACAGGACAUUAGAGGUGGGAGUAUCUCACUACCCUGACCAGGAAACUACAGAACUCCGCAUGCCAAGCCUUGCCAACACAGCGGUGGGCACCUAACACUGUGACCACCUUAUGUUUUUGAAAACAGUUUUUAGGCCAUAAAAUGAUCUGUCUGCUACAAGACUGAAUUUUGUCACAGAGCAGCUUAUACUUAGGGUGAGAUGUGAAUACUUGAUAAUUAAUCAAAAUUGCAGAUUCGGUCACUGGAGUCAUGAUAUUUUUGUUGAGAAUUUCUAUCUUGUGAUUCUUACCGCUUCAUAUACGUAUAAGGUUUGAAAUAGGUAGAAACAGGCUUGGUGUGAUUAAAGCAUGAAGACCACGUUUGAUCUACACACAUCUCACCAGCCCAGGAUAAUAGUGAUUCCUGUCAGUGUCCUGUCCUCACUUAGGGAGGUGAGCUCUUAGACCGUAGUUGAGAUACCAUCGCCCUCCUCUGUCCUUCCUCCAACAUUGUUUUCCUGUUAUGUUUGGUAAUUGUGAAGAAAACUGUGAAAGGAAAACUUACUCAUCAGUCCCCAGCUUCGGUAUCUUCAUACCACUCAGGUAAGGUGGAAAUGACAGAGCACAGACACCUGUUUAACUUGAUGGGCGGACAGUGAAACGCACUGAUUCUAGUAACACAUCCCCUUUGCUAGCCAGAAAUAGACGCUCUUUUGUAUGAGGAGGUAGGCAAGUCAUACUGAUUCUAGUCAACAUUUUUGCCAAAUGGCACAAAUAUACCUCCAUUUAUAUUUUAUAUCUUAAAAAUGUAUAUUAAAAUAGGGUUAUGUAUAACCGACACUUUUUUUUAAACAAAAAGUGCCAUCUAUACAUAUGUAACAGGUGUGUUCCACAUAAUUUAUAGCAGAAUUUCUGUCAGUACAGUACAUAUCGAAUAUUCAAGUUGUGUUCAACAUAUAUUCAAAUGCAUUCAGGAUGAAGUCAGUCCAGUUCCAUAGUGUGAACCAUGUAUUGUUAUUGCCAUAUUUUAUUUGAGAUCGUAAUAAAAUUUUAUAACAGAUUUGAAUGUCAUACAUUGUGUGCUAACAUGGCAAGGAACCAUUUGCAUUUGUUUUUUUACAGUAAAUACAAUAAAUUUCUUUUAAAAUAUCCUUUCUAUUUUUCUGUACUGACAUGCAAUAAAUUGAUACUUUAAAAAGUUUGAUUGAUGCCUUCAGAUAGUUUGUAUUAAGUCUUUUAAAUUUUUUGUUCAUGUAAAGUCUGUCAUAGGACAUUAAAGUUUAGUGGUUCAAUAAAAAUUCUGAGUUUCACUGAAA